ACUGCGACUACGAGGAGAGUCACCGAAGGCAACCUGCCUACUACUUUUGGGGACACUUUGAAGUCUGAUUCUCAUAUGUGCAACUGUUUACUUUUUUCCUCAGGCUGAUGAGGCACGGGGCGCUCAAAAAGUGCCAUGUGAAUUCAUGUCGACUAGCAAGACAUGCAGAAUGCACUGAUACAAUGUAAACGCAUUCGAGAAUAAAUCCGCUGAGCACUCAGUGAUUUACACUCAUUUAACCGGAUCGCACAAGUCCUUCAGAAGGAUAUAUGUUGGGUAAAGGGGCAAAGCGGAAACUAGAUGAGGAUGAAGAGGGGUUGGAAGGCAAAGCGUUGGCGGCAGGGGCCGGAGCAACGGCCGACGGGCUCUCGAAAGUCUCCUACACCCUGCAGAGGCAGACCAUCUUCAACAUGUCUCUGAUGAAGCUGUACAACCACCGGGCCCUCACCGAGCCCAGCUUGGAAAAGCGCGUGCUCAUCAACAACAUGUUGAGACGCAUCCAGGAUGAACUGAAGCAGGAGGGCAACCUGCGGCCGCUGUUCUUUCCUCCUUCCCCUCCACCCGACGACCCAGUGGAUGAAAGUUUCCGCGAGGCGCAGCCUGCUUUCAGCGUGCUCUCCAUGGUGGCGCCACCACUGUCCCAGUCGCCGGCACUCUCCGCUCCGGUCCUUACGCCGCCUUCGUCAGGGCUGUCAAACCCAGCGCCUUUGGAGGCCUGUCUCACCCCAGCUUCGCUUUUAGAGGAAGACAGUGUCACCCUUUGCACAUCACCCUCUCCGCUCGCUCCUCCUCCUCUUCCACCAACUCUUCCCAGACUUCCUUCGUCUGUGGCCAGAGACAGCUUCUCUUCUGCCCUGGAUGAGAUCGAGGAGCUCUGUCCUUCACCCUUACCUACAGCUACAUCAGCGCCCGGUGCUACCUCCCCCUUGUCCCUCACAGUGUCCCUCCAAAUGCCGUUGUGUUCCCCCAGCUUAAACUCAGGGGCCUUGGACUCCAAAGACUGCAGUAAGCCCUGCAGCCCAAAGCUUGAAGGGCUGGUCCCGCUGCCUGAGGAACGCUCUGCGGUCCCGAACGCACCAGAGACUCUUCCUCCUAACAGCCUGGACAUGAACACCUCACCCUCCGCCUCGUCCUCAGGCUUUCUGACAGACCUGGCCCUGGACGACAUCCUCUUUGCAGACAUUGACACCUCCAUGUACGACUUCGACCCCUGCACUUCGUCCUCGGGUGCGGCACCCUCGAAACUGGCGCCUAUGGUGACGGCGGACGAGCUCCUCAAGACUCUUUCGCCAUACAGCGGUGCCGCUCCUGCUGUUAGCUCGAACCAGCCUUUUAAAAUGGACCUCACUGAACUGGACCAUAUUAUGGAGGUGCUUGUGGGAUCAUGACCAGGUUUGGAAGGGAACUGGGGAGGAAAUGCAAAACCAAUCAAAGAGUUUUUAAAUAUGAACUGAGAAAGAAACUGAAGAAUCACUUUGAGUGUUCGGGGGCUUUUUGUACAGUUUUGUUUGUUUUUGUUUUUAAAAACAAAGGAAGUUGUCCAUUUUAAUGGUGAUGUUGCCCAGUACUACUUCUCAACACUGUGCAUGCACUGUGCUUGCCUUUCCCAAAAAUGAACAUGAAGAAAUCCUACGGAACACACUUUGGCUUCUGGCAGAUCUGAGUGCCUUCAUCAUUUAUGACCACUUGGUAAAUUCCUGUUUGUUUGUCUCGUCUGCCUUUUCUCAUCAUCAUUUCUAAUCGAACAAGAUGGAUUAUCAGAGAAGUAGCAUCGCUCUUUCCCCUUCUCAGCGUACAGGUGCAAGAAUGUGCAACGGCAGCCUAUUUUCGUAUUUUGUUUUCAUUUUCACAAAGCACAAUGAUUUUAUGUCAAUGCUUUUUUUCUAUUCAGAGCUGUUUUAUUGCUUUUUAGUAAUAUUUAUAGUUAAUAUGUGGUCAUUUAUUCUUUUUUUUUGUUUUGUCUGCUUCCAUUUUAACGUUUAUUAAAGGGAUAGUCCACAAUUUACUCACCCUCAUGUCUUUCCAAACCUGUGUAAGUUCCUUAAACUAAAUUUUUUAUAUACAAUACCAGUCAAAAGUUUUUGAACAGUAAGAUUUUUAAUGUUUUUUUUUUUAAAAAAGAAAUCUCUUCUGCUCACGAAGCCUGCAUUUAUUUGAUCUAAAGUACAGCAAACUGUAAAAUUUUGAAAUAUUUUUACUGUUUAAAAUAACUGUUUUCUAUUUUAAUAGAUUUUAAAUUGUAAUUUAUUCCUGAGAUCAAAGCUAAAUUUUCAGCAUCGUUACUCCAGUCUUCAGUGUCACAUGAUCCUUCAGAAAUCAUUUUAAUAUGCUGAUUUAGAAAUAUCCAAAGAUCAGCAUUAAUCUGAAAUAAAUGCUGGAUGCUUUAAAAUUCUGCAAGGAUGCUUUAAAUUGAUCAAAGGUGAUGAUAAAGACAUUUAUAAUGUUACAAAAGAUUUCUGUUUCAGAUAAAUUAUGUUCUUCUGGACUUUCUGUUCAUCAAAGAAACCUAAAAAAAUUCUACUCAGCUGUUUUCAACCUAAUAAUAAUAAUAGUUUUUUUGAGUAGCAAGAAUAUUAGAAUGAUUUCUGAAGGAUCAUGUGACUGGAGUAAUGAUGCCAAAAAAAUGAAAAAAAUGACAUUUUAAAAUAUAUUCAGAAAGCAGUUAUUUUAAAUGGUCAAAAUGUUUCAAAAUGUAGCUGUUUUUGCUGUUCUUUGGAUCAAAUAAAUGAAGGCUUGGUGAGUAAAAGAGACUUUAUUAAAAACAUUAAAAAGCUAACUGUUCAAAAACUUUUGACUGAUAGUGUAUAAUGAAAGUCAAUGGGGUCCAGUGUUUCGCAUCCUGUUUACUUUUCAUUAAAAUAGCUUUUUAUGUUUUACAGAAAAAAUACCAGUUUGGAAGAACAUGGUGAGUAAAUGAUAAAAGUUUUCAUUUCAGGUGAACUACCCCUUUAACUUCCAGUGAAACAUGUACAUUUAUGAAAUAUACACGUUUAUGAAAUAUGCUUUACCGGGUUAUUUAUACAUGGAUGUGUGUAGUGGUCAGAUAUUUACAUUCAACCAACCAAAUUUCUUGUGAUCUGCCCUAACGGCUCAGAUUCCAUGUGUUUACAUCUCAGCUGGCAAUAAGUGAACAUUUGUUCUGAUGCACAUUGUUUUACAGAUACAUUUCUUCGAUAAGCCAAUGCUAAAACCCCUUUAUGCUACAAUAAUGUAUGCAAUCAAUGCUUUUCUGAUCAGUAAUAAGCAUACUGUCAACUUUUCUCAGCCAUUUCCUUUUUUUAUCUGUGUCAAGGCAUUGUCAUAACUUCCCUUUUUGGCCUUGUUUUGGCUUUAUAUCAUCACUCAGUGAGUGGCUGGUUCAGUUUUUAAUGCUACACUAAUGCACAACAAGAGGGCCUAUGCAUGUCUGUUCAUGCAAAACGUGGGGAAAAAACUGUACGGGACUAGUACGUUUAUGGUUGCUAUUCAGUUCAUCAUCAUCAUCGUCAUCUGUUUGCCAAACAUUUCUUUCAAAUGCAUCUCUCACCAGUACAACGGUACAUUUCUGUUAACAUACUAAUGCAUGCAGGAUUAUAGCUCAUAAUUGUACAGAUGUCAGAUGAUUUUUGUAUGGUUUGGUCUUAUUUUAUCUUAUUUAUACCAUUGUUUGGUUGAGUUUUAUUAAUGGUAUCUGUUCAUGUUCCAACCGGACUCUCUCUCUGUUGCCCUGCUGGGUUUUAGUGUCGUUUGGCCAGUAGAAAUGGUCACAUUACAUGUAGGUGGAGUUCAUUAGGGGGAUGCACAGGUAUGAUGAGAGAGUAUUCUGCAUGUGUGUGCAAUAGACAGCACAGUAUAAACCACUGAGGUUAGGAAGGAUUAUUUUAUGUGCACCUGACAUGAAAGGAAAGGGACCAUUUAUCACAUCAGCUGUAUUAGUUUCACAUCGCACUAAACUAGCUCACAGUAGUAAUGUUAGAUAUACAUACCGACAAAAACUGUGCAUAAUAUGCCUUCCUGGUAGGAAUCAAAAAAAGGUAGAGUGCAAUGUCAGAGAAGGAAGAAAAUGUUUAUUUUUAAAUGAUAUAUUAUUUAUCACACAAGUGUGACCAUUAAUGAUCUGAGAUUUGAACUUCCUGUCACAGAGACCUAAACUUGAGGUGACGAUUUGCAUUUGUUACCACCCAGAGUUCAAAAGAGAGAUUGUCUGAGAAUUGAAAACAUGAGUGAAUGAGAGCCUGAGCGGACAAAUCUAUGGAAUCAAAACUAUGAUUAAUAUUACUUAUAGGAUUUUUGGAUUUGGAGUGUUUGUUUUAAGUUAUUUAUUUUUGUUUCCUGUGUAAAUAUAUUUAUUUUUGAUGUUAAGCUAACAUCCAGAUUGUAAUUUGUACAGAAUAUGAGAUAGGAAUGUAUUAUGCUUAUGGGAAUGUAUCACUGCUUAUUAAUUGGGGUGGAAGCCAUUUUUUUUUUUCGUCUUGAUUUAAUAAUGCAUUAUUUUGUGUCUGUUUAGUUUCUUGUAUUAUAAUUUGGGGUGGUGUUUGUGCUAGUCGUCUAGGUCAACACUCCCUGCCCCUAUUUAAUUCUAAGUAUUUAAUGUUUUAUAUAUUUCCGAUUGUGUGCAAGGGAAAGGUUUGUGAAGCAAUACUUUAUUCUCUACGAACUUCAGAAUUUCAAUCUUCCAAAGCCUAUUUCUGGGAAAAUCUUUUUGAUAACCCUCAAUGCCAAAUGUAAAAAACAAGAAAGGCAGCAUGAUUUCUGAUGAUAUUGGUUGUUGUUGUUUUUUUUAACGGUAUCUCACUGUCCCAUGGUUCAGGCCACACAUUCGGGGAAGUUAAAAGUGGUUUCAGGAUAGUGACCACUGGGAUUAUUCAUGUGUGUGAGUGUGUGUGUGUGUGUGUGUGUGUGUAUAUGUAUGAGGAAGAGAGAGACAACAUGUGGUGGAGGGUCUAAACCCUUUUUCUGCUCAUUAAGAAAGGCUGUAUCUUCAGGCCUUGGAGCUGUGCCUUUUUCUAUGCAAUAUUACAAACAUAUUCAUUUUGAGAAAAAUAACCCAUCAACUGAUGAUCACUGUAUUUGCAUCAAGGUGUGGACUGUAGAAUAUAUAUAAAAUAUGGACAUGUGUCUAUGAAUUUGAAACAGUCUUACUUUUCUAGUUUUAUAUCAUACAAUAAAUGGAUAAAAAUUA